UUUAAAAAGGCGAGGGUUGUAUAUCCCGUAAUCGUGCAUCCCUCAGGCCACUCUGUGAGCACAAUUCGUCGGGUUGUCGUUGUUGGCUGAGACCAAGAGCGCACACAGUGCGGUACUCCGGGAGAUAAAUACGGGAUUAGGGAAUCCGUCGUCGUAAUGCUGCUCUUAAAAUUGACUGUGGAAUGAAAGGAGUAGGUGCUGCGUGCUUGUAAUGUAGUAAAAAAAACACUUCGAGAGGCUGUUAACGGCUUGAUCGAAGAGUGCGUGGGCCCCGCGCAUUUGCUUUCGUUUCUGGUACUGUCAUGCCACCUUGCUACUGGUCCCUGUCAGCGAGGCGUGUUGUGUAUGCGUUCUCUCGGAAUGGGAGGCAAUAAAAUUGGUAGUGAAGGAAUAGACGCCUCAGGAGUGAUUUGAGAAGCAGUUCAUACGCGCUGCAUUGUGUGUGUGUGUGACGCGUUCUGUGUGAACGUCCGUCGGUAUUCAGGUUGAGGAGGUACAGAUGCUAGUGCCUGCAUGUAUUUAGAAAAACUCGCUUGGUAUGAUGGGUAGUGCCAAGAAAUUACUCCUCACACAAGUUUUUUUUUGCGGAUCCAUCUGGUGAGAUUAGAUACAGCAUACCUGAGUAACUUGCACUACUCAUUCUGAGUCUGGCACAGUGCGGUGCCAAUUAAGCCCCUUCUACGACUGGUGGGUAACUGCGUCAUGGAAGCAAAUUCCUUUGCCACAUCGGUAGGAGCUGGUCGAGUUCUGGCUCAGCAACUGCGUUAUGGCGGACCGCUAGAUUAUCCGACUAUGUCACCCAUGGACGGAACAGCAACACAAGAAGCUUUUCUCACUUGUCCGAUGGUUUAUGCCGUCAUCACAGAUAUGAAUGUUUUUGGCAAGGCCGAUGCGGAAUACGAUCCUUACAAUCAACACCCGCAAACAUAUCCAAUGAAUGCGCCCACCCUUCCUGCUUUCGUCCCCCUAACUCUCGGAAAGAUGAAAGUUAAAGUUGAAUGUCACAUCAGCACGGGGUUUGUUACAAUGAAGAGUACAUGGCACGUGAAUUGCAUUCGAAGUCAAGCAAGUUGUGAUUGCCUUCUUGCUCUACCUAUGGACAAUCAGGGUACAGUCUCAAGUGUCGAGAUUGAUAUGGGUAAUGAUAGAUUGUACACUACUACAGUAGUUCCUACUGAGGAAGCUGCUAGCUAUGGUGCGAGAGGCAGCCCAGAUGCGGAAGUGAGUGACCCUGGCGCAUACAACCCUAAGCUUUAUCGAUUGAACAUUCCACAGGUGGAGGGUGGCACGAAAUUGGAAGUGAAAGUUACAUGGUUUCAAUCUAUGACAUUCGACAAUGGGAUGUACUCAUUGCGAGUCCCCCUUGUAUUCCCUCAGGAGAUUCUGCCUCUUGAAACACAAUUGGUUUCCAUCAUAAAAGUCAAAUGCGCUAUCAACACAGGGACAAACGAUUACGUAGUAGUGGGUGCAUUCGGCAAUUCUAUGGAGGAAGCUGAAAGAGAGCCAGGAAAGGUGAAGUUAAAAAAGGACGGAGAUGAUUGGAAAAACCAGGAUUUUAUCGCUUCGUACAAGGUGUGGUCGGAUGGAAUAUUUCCAAAUUUAAUUUAUCAAGACGGAGAACCUGAAGAACUCGACAGUCGAGGGUCAUUUUGCCUCUCGAUAUCUCCUCCAGAUCCUAAUAAGAUCAAGGUAUUUCAGAGGGCAGUGGUGUUUUUAUUAGACAGGAGCGGAAGUAUGUAUGGCAAGCCAAUUGAAGAUGCUCGGCAGGCUCUCUUUUUUGCUCUAGAUUCUCUCAAACCAGAGGAUUCCUUUAAUAUUGUCGCUUUCGACCAUGAACUUACUUUAUUCUCUUCUCAAAUGGAACGCGCGACCCCCAAUGCUAUCGGUUGGGCUCGUGAAUGGGCAAUGACGAAUUGCACAGCCAGAGGUGGCACUGAUAUUCUAGGCCCACUGCAACAGGCAUUUAAUUUCCUUGAAAAUUUCCCAUGGGCAGUUCCAUAUGUUUUUUUGAUCACAGACGGCGCUGUUAGCGAUGAGCAAAAUAUCUGCCUUGCAAUGCAAUCACGUAUUGCUGCACUUGGUGUGAGGUCACCUCGUAUUUCCACCUUUGGAAUAGGGUUCUACUGCAACUUUUACUUUUUGAAAAUGCUUGCUGUUAUUGGUCGUGGCAUGAGCGACGUAGCAUUUACAUCUGAUAAAAUUCGAAAACAAAUGGAACGUAUGCUGGUGGCUGCGGCUACUCCAGUUCUUACCAACCUUGGACUGGCAGGAUUACCUGAUGGUUGUGAGAGUUGGUGUCAGGUGUAUCCAUUUCCUAUUGCAGACCUCUUUUGUGGUAACCCUUUGAUAGUUUCUGGAAAAUUCCAUGGCGAAUUCCCAAAAUCUAUUGUGGUUACUGGGCUCUUGCCCGACCAAAGUACGUGGCAGCUUGAGAUUCCAAGCAGAAAAGACUCAAAGUUUCCUCUGAAUAAGAUUUUUGCAAGGCAGCAGCUGGAUCUUCUCACUGGUCAAGCAUGGUUAUAUGGUGACAUGAAUAGACAACAAGAAGCUGUAAACUUAAGCCUAGCAACAGGCUUGCCGUGUCAAUACACUCGGGUUAUAGGCUUUGAGACAACCAGAGGGCAGUACGAUGAAUUUCAGAAUGAGCGGAAACAGGGAAAGAAGACGAACAUCAAUAAGUUCACUGCCGGGAAAGUUGCCGCUAUAGUGCUCGUUGCGGGUCUGGUUAUUGGAUUUGGCAGUGUAGCUGCUACAUUAGCAAAUUCAGCAGUUGAGGAAACGGCGGAAGAAGCUGCUGGUGGUCUUCUCGAAGAGGGGGGUGGUGAAGUUGCAGAAGAGGAUUGUUGUUGUGGUGACUUAUGUGGGAGUCUUUUCAGUUGCAUCAGCGAGCUUCUCGAUUUCUAAACGGACAGUCAUGUGCUGAAAUUCGACAAUUUGAAAGCUAUUGACUACUGCCGCAUCAGGCUAGUUGCCGAUGCACGAAAAACUGAAAGAUCCUAUGAUCGGAUUCUUUUAGUUCAUAACAGUUUUUUUCUUGUAGAUUGAUACAUGUAACAAGCUUCGUAGAGGGAAAAUUUUCUAGUCACGUCAUAAUAUUGCGGCUAGUUGUCAGGUGGUUUGGUAGUGAGAACUGUACCCGAAAUACGGUUCGAAAUGGAGUUUUAGAUUGGAAUUGUACUCGAUGCAUUGUUAGAUAGAAACAGCCCACAAUCCUCUUAGAAGCUCUACAUCGUUAAACUAAUUAAUUGUUUGCAUACACUAUGUGGUACACAUUGUGAACCUUAAUACUUUCUCGAAUGAACCGUUCUAUUGUUGAAAACAUUA